CGCCAGACUGGAUACAUGCGUAAACACAUCUUGGAGUAGUAGCGUAGUUGAGAGCAUAUAUAUAUAUGAUUCAGAGUCUCUGACCUUACAACUAUAUACUGAUUAUUUACUUGUAAUAAGUCAAGAAAUAUGCCGACAAUGUGUGUAGCAGUAGGUUGUUAUCAGAAGGCGAAACGCGGAUCGUACGUGAAAUUUUAUACCUUUCCUCGCGAUCCUGUAAGAAGAAAACGUUGGGUCUCUGCUGUGAAGCGCGAGGGAUGGACUCCAGCUUCUCACAGCAAGUUGUGCAGUAUGCACUUUAUUACAGGCAGACGAAGCGACGAUCCAUUGUCUCCCGACUAUGUGCCAUCGUGGUUUGCACACACCACAACAGAGGAAAAGGAAAAGUCAAUGGCGGCAAUGAGGAGAUAUAAACGGAGCCAAGAAGCUCUUCCAAACAAAGACGCCUCCUCGUCUGAACCAGCAGUAGCCAGAUUGGGUUCUUAUCGAACUGGACUCCUGGCUGCAAGCUCAGGGAAAGACAGGCCUGUGUAUGCAUCUUACCCCUCUCUGUGUGAGGAGUAUGUGAAGAGGUCACUCAUGGAAGUCCAAACAUUAUCAAGAAAUGCUGUGUCAUCAACACAUGAAGUUUCUGGCACCCCUCCUGACGGGGAUAAAGAGAAAUUACAUCCCACCAGCUUUCAUGAACAGUACUGUCUACCAGAGAGCAUUCAGUGGACCAAAGGAGCAUGGGAAAAAGUGAGCCGAGAGAAAUUUCAGACCAAAAGGAAAAAACGCUACAAGCACACCAUCAAGGUGAAUGAGAAGUGGGAGUGGCUGGGUGUGGAUCUGAAAGGACCUCUGCCUGAGACCCAGAAUGGAUACAAGUUUAUGCUCAUUUUGAUGGACUAUUACUCCAAAUGGGUGGAGGCCUACCCCAUGAAAUCAGAAUCCGCCGGAGAGGUGGCACUGAAUAUCCAAAACCUCACCUAUCAGUUUGGGUGGCCUCUACGAAUCCUGUCACAGAUGGACAAGGCCUUUAUCCAAGAGGUGAAUACAGAGCUGGGUGCAUUAUUGGGGGAGCAGGAUGUCUCCCUCGUGACCUUUCACCCUGAGGCCAGCACUCGGGACCCUGUCACACAGUGCUUUGUAGAUGGGAUGGUGUCGGAACUGGUGAGGGACCACCAGGAGCGCUGGGAUGUGCAGCUUCCCGCCAGCUUGUUCGCCCUGCGCCUCAGGCAGCACCCCAGCACUGGGCACAGCCCCUUCUACAUGCUGUACCGCAAGGAACCCCGCCCCGACUUCUCCAGCACCACCCAAGAGCUGCCCCUGCGUGAGGAUCUCAUCAGCAGCAGUGGUCUUAUGAUCCCAGAGGUCAAGUUCUUCUCCAGCAUGCAGCAUCGCGACACAGAACCUCCACGUCCAGUGCACAUCCUUCAGGCAGUGUCCCAGCAAGGCCAAAAGGAUGUCAGUAGUGUGCCCACGUGUGAUAAGCAGCGGCCAGUCUUCUUAGUGACGCCCCUGCCGCUGGCCCCUUCCAACACCCAGCAAAGUGACCGGAGGGCUGCACAGGAACACAUUGCUGAGUCGAAGUCCUCACAAGAUCAGAGGGACGAGAACAACGUCCUCACGGAAAAACAGAGGAAACCUCGCGGUGCUAACAUCCAGCAUCCAGAAAGACGGAUCGUCCUCCAGAGGAUCCACCCUGAAGACUUUGCGCUCAGUGUUUAAUUGUGACAAGGAUGGAGUUGCUUAUGUGCUGUGUGAGUGUUCCCUGUGCUUCCAGCAUUGCCUGUGGGACGGCACCUCUCAGGAGACAGACAGAGAGGGAAAGAACCUGCGGAUACAGCAGAAGUACCGUGCCUUCACGUGUGCGGCCAGCGAAGGAUGGAUAGAGCACACGGAGGAGAGGAGUGAUGAUGACCCAGACAGCUUCCGUGUUCUUCUGCAAGAUGACUUGACAUACUUUUGAAGGGAGUGAGGCUUCAUGAACCUCAAAAUGGGUCGCACUGCCACAGGGGUCCCGUGACUGAGAUUUAACCUGAUCAACGCUUUUCUUUGGACUACAGUGUGGACUCUCAUUGCUUCAUACAAGUUAUUGACAAGUUAGCUUCCAACGUUAUGGGGAUUCUGAAAACCCUGACUCCCAUUAAGAUAUUCAGUAAUGAUUUAAACAUGGAGCUAGAAAUUGAAAGAGAAAAAUUGAACAUUGUGAAGAGCUCUCACUUAUUAACAGAAAUAUAUUUAUUUUAUAUGGGACCCUCCAUUUUGCAGAGUACUGAAUUCUCUUGGAUUUGUUAUUGUCCUGAUAACUCUUCCUGAAAAGUCUUCCUCAGAUACAUGUGUAGAUUGUCCUUAUUGUUGUGUUCAUAGUGCAGUAGGAUGGAGAUUUGAAUGUUUGUAGUUUUUUAUUCUUUGGUUAUCUCCUUGAUACAUUUGUUUAAUGUUGUUAAUUGUCAUGGAGAAGAUGGCUGAGCUUGUUCUCAAAUGAAAUUUUUUCUGAAACCUG